AUGUCCUACCUCUACGGCGUCCUCUUUAAAUCCAGCUCCCGAGCUCGGGCGUUGAAAGUGCUGGCGGUUGACUAUGACGGUGCUGAAAUUGGAAAAUCAUUGUCACUCGCAUAUCAAGCGCUUGAAGCCAAAACGUUUCCCACUCUUGAAUACCGGUCGAUAUCCGAGUAUCCCAAUCCAGUUUUACUGCAAGAAGCUGUUUGCAAAGGUGGUUACUGGGGAGCUAUCUACGCCCACGCCGACGCGUCUACUCGUCUUAUGGACGCCAUUCAGAGGAAAAACAUAACUGAUUAUGACCCGAGAAAAACAAUUUCUUACAUAUUCAACGGCAUCUACUAUCCGGUCAUUACUUCGUCUGUCAUCGAUCCCAGUAUGAGGGCCCUUGUCAGCGCAGCCUCUCGGAUCUACUAUCGUGUUGCCAAUGAGGCACGUUCAGCCGUCAACCUCAGCGACCCUAUUUCUUCCAACGUAUUUCUCAACCCGAUUGAAGCUUCUUCCAUCGACCUUAUGCCUACGAGCCAAGGAUCCCGCGUUCUGUUCAACACCGUCUCGAUGGUUAUGCCGAUCCUGAUGCAAUUCUUCUUUUCCAUGGCCAUGAACGGCAUCUUUACUGAGACUGGCGUAUUCACCGAGCUUUCGAAGCGCGACAUCUACGUUCUUCGGUUGAUUAUCAGCAAAGUGUACACUCUGCUGUGUGCAGUUGGUAUGUCUGGUUACAUCUGGGCAUUCCGCGAAGACUGGGGCGCUUCUCGAGGCCAGUUCUUUGAGACCUGGAUGUGUCUUUGGUUUUACAUGGAGGUCAGCUACCUCGUCGUGGAUUCAAUACUUGAUGUGGUGGUUCCCACCAAAUUCUUUGCCUUCUUUUUCCUCACCUGGAUUAUCCUCAACGUCGCCAGCACAAUCUGGCCUUUUGAACUCUCAGCAGGCUUCUAUCGAGAGAUAGUCACGGAUGAGCACAAGGAGAAUAGUCAGUAA